AUUAUAAUUUUUGUAAACAUUUUUUACGUAAAAUAUGGAAAAAAUGGAAGAAUUUCGAGUGCUAGAAUUAUUUAGCGGAAUCGGCGGUAUGCAUUACGCAUUUAAAUAUUCAAAUUUACCUGGUGAAAUUGUAGCUGCCAUAGACAUAAAUACAGUGGCUAACGCUGUUUAUGCUUAUAACCAUGAAAAAACUCCACUACUUAAUAAUAACAUUCAACGACUUAAUCUUAAAACACUCGAGAAACUAAAUAUCAACACAAUAUUGAUGUCACCGCCAUGUCAGCCACACACACGUCAGCAUUUAUCAAAACAACGAGAUAUAGAAGAUAAUCGAUCUGAUGCGCUUCGUCAUCUAUGUCAGCUUAUACCAGAAUAUAAAAAUUUGCAAUAUGUAUUAUUAGAAAACGUUAAAGAUUUUCAAAGUUCACAAUCACGUAAUUGUUUCAUUGAUGCUCUGAAGUCGUCUGGUUUUCAGUACAGUGAAUUUAUUAUAAGCCCAACACAAUUUGGUAUACCAAACACAAGACAUAGAUAUUACUGCAUAGCACGCAAGUAUAAAGAUUUUCCAUUCGAUUGCUCGCACGUAUUGACAAGUAUGCCUAAUAUAAAAACAAGUUCAAAGAACUCAAAAACGAUCGAAGAAUUUUUAGAUGUCGAACUCACAAACGAAACUUCCUACAACUCAACACUUCCUGAAAAAAUCUUAAGAAAAUACGUCUGGCUCUUGGAUAUAGUAACAAAAGACUCCAAUAAUAGUGCUUGUUUUACUAAAGCAUAUACACACUAUAGCGAAGGUACAGGUUCCGUAUUUACACCUUGCAGUCUCUCCGAAACACAACAAAUUUUUGAGAAACUAAAAUCUCUCGAAAAGGAUGACAGUGAAAUUGUAGAGAGAUUGCGUUUAGAAAUGCUUCAAAGUUUAAAAUUACGUUACUUUUCGCCCAGUGAAGUAUCGCGCUUAAUGUGUUUUCCAGCGUCAUUCAAUUUUCCAAAAGAAACUACAACCCGCCAAAAAUAUCGACUACUUGGUAAUAGCAUAAAUGUACUAGUAGUAGCAGAAUUAUUAAAAUUAUUAUGUUCAUAAAAGUUCUAAUAAAUUUAAUUUAAAAACACAA